AGAGGUGGGGCUGCCACAGCUCCCUCCACCCUUCCCCAGACCCGAGUUCAGCUGCUGCUGCUGCUGCUUUGCCAGUGGCAGAGUCCUCCCUGUGCACUGUAACCUCGGCAUCCUCGGAGCAUCCAGCAGCUGCCAGGCACUUGCAGCCCUCUCAUGAAUGUCUUUCUUUAUCUCCAAGUGGCUGACUUCUGUUUUUCAAGGCUACUGUUUUCCGUCUCCUCGCUUAAAUACUGUAUCUUCUUCAAGUAUGGAAUUUGUAUGGAAACGAUGGUGGUAUCUUCAGCUGGGCUGUAUGUUAUUAGUGAAUUUGGUUUAUGCCAAUCUAGAGUAUCAAAAAGAAACUCCUCCAAGCCUGCGUGAGAUUGACCAUCAGUGCUGGGAGGUAUCGUCCCAUGGGCUGGUGGAAAUGAAGAAACUCAAGGUGGCAGAUACAGUCAUUGCUCUCUGGGACUUCAUGAUGUUCCUAAAGGAAUCCCCUAAGCCCAAGCACAAUGAACUCUUCAAUGAUUUAGCCCAGAACUUCUGGGAUAUGUAUGUAGACUGUGUGCUCUCAAGAUCCCAUGGAAUGGGCAGAAGACAAUUAACAUCUCCCAAAUAUUCUUCCACGUACUCACACAGAACUUUAGAAGGGUCUGCUUUCACCAAUCCAUUUUAGGCCAAAAGGGGAGAAAAUGAAGAUCCUUAAAAAAGGCAACAUCAAAAUGAAGGAGUACAAAGGAGUACAAUAUGUAUUGUAGAUGUUUGGACAAAUCCUUUGGCAUGGUGCAACCCUCUUUGUUUUCUUUUCUUUUUGUAUAAAGUACUUAAUCACUCCUAAACUUAUAAGUACAUGAACUCCCACACUAUCCCUUUUGCUUUCCUGUCUUGCAGUCUACUAAGCUUGCCUUUUCCUCCCUCCAUGUGUGAAUGUGUUCUGAGUCAACACCUUUGUUUUCCCAUAUAAACUUUAAAGUCUGGAUGUGUCA